UCAAAUAGGCUCAAAAGCAAACCCACGAGGAGACGAAAUUGGGGAUUCUUGAUUUUAUUAAAAUCUCCAAGUCUUCAAUUGUCUGCUUGACUCUAAUAAGCCCUUAAAUCUCAAAUCUAUAAAAGGUAAAACCACUUACUCAAUUUCUUCACUGUUUUUUAGCAACACCCACCAAAAGAUUUGCUAAAAAAUCACUUUUUUCUCCAAAUUUAAGCUAUAAAAAGAUGGAACUUUGUGUUAAUAGCAAAAAGGAAGAAUUUUUUGAGAACCCCAUUUCUGUGGAACUUGUAAAAACCAAAUCAGAGAUGUUUUUCAGUAAUGGGUAUCUUCCAGAUUGGUUCUUGAUUGAAGUUUUAUCAAGAUUGCCUGUAAAAUGUGUUUUUAGGUACAAAUCUGUGUCAAAACGAUGGCGUUUCUUGAUUUCUGCAACUUCUUUUGCUUCCCUGUAUAUAUCUCGUGCUUCUUUGUUAACACCUUGGACUAUUCUUGCUAACACACUUUGUGUGAAUAUGAAGAUUGGUAGCUUUUUAGCUCAGUCGUUUUUGCCUGAUUUGGUAUCUGAUAAUUGGUUACAUUCAAGGUUUAGUAUGGUUCAUUUCCCUAAUAUGGUAGGUAGUAGUGAAUUUGGUGAGGGGUGUAAUGUUGUUGGAGUUAGUGAUGGGCUAGUUUUGUAUGAUUGCGGUGUGGGUGAAGAAGUGAGUGAUUAUCAUAUUUACAAUGCUAUGACGGGGUGUUGUGUUGCUAUUCCUCGAACUUGUACACGUUUUGGUGAUGUUAGUACUGGUUUUAUAACGAAAUCUGAAGGGGGGUCUCUGACGAGCUAUAAAGUAGUGAGAUUGGAUUGUCAGUUUGGUGAGUCGUAUGUGCUUAAGUUUGAGGUGUUCUCGUCUGAGACUGGACGUUGGAGGAGAGUUGUUGUGUAUAUGGAUAUAGCAAUUGAAGUUGUGUGGCUAAGGAGGCCUGUCGCUUUGAAUGGGAAGUUACAUUGGAUUGAUCGUCGACAUGGGAUUUUAGUGUUUAAUCCUUUUGAUGAUUUCAAUCAAUGUCGCGUAAUUGGUCUCCCUGGUGAUAUUGAUGAGCAAUGCAUUGAUGCCAGGAAUAACGGAAGAUCUGUUUUGUUUGAUGUUCAUCAGGGUCGGUUGAGGUAUGUGGAGGCGUCUGUGGUGUCAGUGUAUCCCUUUGGAUUUUCAGGCAUUUCUGUUUGGGUUCUUGAUGAGUAUGACUCUUCAAGUUGGACUUUGCAGCACAAGGCAAAGAUUAAAGACAUCUCGUUUGAUGACAUUUUAAUUAGUAAAGCGUUAAAUGGGAUCAUUCCUACUCCGAUUGCCUUCCAUCCCCUUGAUGCCAACAUCUUUUACCUUGGUUUCGGGGACACCAUUGUCUCAUACAACAUGAAAACAUUAAAAUUGGAUGCCCUUGUUGAUCCAGCUGACAUUCGAGGUACAUUUCAAAGAAAUGGACGGGGUAGCCUUAGAAAAACGCCUUGUUGGUCAUCAGCAUUCUUGUUUACGCUUCCUCCAUGGCCAAUUUCUCUUCCUAUCAAGAAAAGAAACAGUAAGUAAAUGGUGAUUUGUUUCUUGUGUAUCGGGAACUAAUAAAGAACUGCUUGUUCUAGUCAUUUAGUUUAGAAACAUUUUCUUUUACUGAUCACUUCUGUAGUGGCCUAAUGACACAAGAUUCCUCGUGCCUUAACGUGCUUCUGAAUAGAUUUGUUUUUGCUUGGUAUGCUA